AUGUGUCAGUACUGUUUGUCUCCGAAAUCGAAUGAAGAAACUGACAUACAAAACUCUCACGCGUUGUACGGUCAAAAGUACGGCUACUUUUAUGCAAUCACAACAUUUGUGGCUAAAUUCGCCCACACGGAAUCUGGCAAGAACGUCACACUCUCGAGUGAACCAAAAGGUCCACCACCGGGAUUACCUUAUCGAGUGAAUUACAUGGUCGAUGUGGACACGUACUUCGUCCCAAUUUUCAUACACAUGACCACAUUCCACAUGUCUCUUUUGACUUUGUUGCUUGCAUUAGACGCUUUCUACCUGAUGAUAAUUGAACACUGCUGCGGUCAGUUCGAGGCCUUGAGAUACCGAUUGGAAAAUGCGGUUGUGCACGAAAGUACCAGUAACGCUGUGCUCGUGGAAACAUAUACGAAAGAUAAAUGUUACUUAAACAUCGUGUACAGCGUUCGUAGACACACAGAGGCAAUGCAAUUCGUCGCCAUUAUGAAAUCAGUGUACAAUGUACCUUUGUUCGCACAACUGGCAUUUAGCUUAUUGACUUUGAGUGUCAUCGAAUAUCAGAUAGCAACAACUACUGAUGUUGGUCUCAUUAUACAUUACAUUUCUCAUCUUAAUGGACUCUUGUUCACUGUGUUCUUUGAAAACUGGCAAGGUCAGAAAAUCAUAAAUUCCAGUGAAAAAGUGUUCGAAUCUGCAUACAACACUAAAUGGUACGAUAUGUCAAUAGCGACAAAGAAGCUUCUCGUAAUGAUUAUGAUGGAAAGCAAAAAAUCGUUGACACUCACUGCCGGUGAAUUAAUCGUAUUGUCUUACAUAACUUUCAAUGCAGAGUCACAUUACAACUCCGUUCGAAUAUCAUUAAGCGGCAUUGGUCUAUGGCCUUUUCAUACAGCCGGCAGACGCUACACCAUAUACCUAGUAAUAAUAUUGAUAUUAGGAUCUGGAGUCAUGGUUGAGAUACUCGGUAUAGCGCAAGUUUGGCACGAUAUCUUCGAAGUGAUCGAUUCCAUGCCGUUGUUUUUUUUGGGUGUAUUUAUAACGUGCCGUUCGACUUGCGCAGUGUGCAAAUUACCAAAGAUCAAGACACUUUUAAUAAAAAUGCAUCAGUAUUAUUUGUCUCCGAAAUCGAAUGAAGAAACUAAAAUACAAAAUUCUCACGCGUUGUACGGACGAAAUUUCGGCUACGUUUAUGCGAUCUUUAUUAUGAGCUGCGGGGUUAUUUUCAUAGUCACAACAUUUGUGGCUAAAUUCAUUCAUACACAAUCUGAUAAGAACGACACACUCUCGAGUAAAUCAAAGGGUCCUCCACCUGGAAUAAUUUAUCGUGUCAAUUACAUGGUCGAUGUGGACACGUACUUCGUCCCGAUUUUCAUACAUAUAACCACAUUUCACAUGUGUCUCUUGAUUGUGUCAGUAACAUUGGACGUUUUCUACGUGACGCUAAUCGAACACUGCUGCGGUCAAUUUGAGGCCCUGAGAUAUCGGCUGGAAAACGCGUUUGAGCACGAAUGUAACAAUAACGUUUUGCUUGUGAGAACAUCCACAAAGGAUAAAUGUUACUUAAACAUUGUGUAUAGUAUUCGUAGACACACAGAGACAAUGCAAUUUGUUGCCAUUAUGAAUUCAGUGUUUAAUGUACCUUUGUUUGUACAUUUAGCAUCUAGCUUGUUGAUCUUAAGCGUCCUGGAAUAUCAGAUAGCAACAACUACUGAUGUCGGUCUCAUUGUACAUCACGUUUCUUAUUUCAACGGACUCUUGUUCAAUGUGUUUUUUGAAAAUUGGCAAGGUCAGAAAAUCAUAAAUUCCAGUGAGAAAGUGUUCGAAUCCGCAUACAACACCAAAUGGUACAACAUGUCAAUAGCGACAAAGAAACUUCUCUUAAUGAUUAUGAUGGAAAGCAAACAAUCGUUAUCACUCACUGCCGGUAAAUUAGUCGUCUUGUCAUACAUAACUUUCAAUGCGGUGGUUCGUUCAUCGGCAUCAUAUUUUAUGCUUUUACGAUCUUUGUGAGAAAAAUAAGUGUGAAUGUGAACGAAAAUGUGUAAUCGAUAAUAUACGUAUAUGAUAUAUUUGAUAGUUGCAUGGAAAUUCAG